AUGUCGUUUUUAUUUGGAGUAAACCACCGGAUGCGUAUCUCUAUGUGUUCGUUUCUGACACGUGGAUUUCGUACUUCGUCUUUAAAUUGGACUGAUAAAGCCUCUAAAUUUGGUUCGAACAAGAACAUUGGUUCAAAGAUCGGAGACGAAAAACUCCUUGAAGAAAUUGUUAAUUCUGAUGAUACCUCAUCUACUGGCGAUAUAUUAAAUACCCGUACGCUGAGACGAAUGUACGGGGAACAAAUACAAGAGUUCGACGCCAAUAUGAAAAACAUGCUUGAGCUGAAAUUUAAGGAGGAAAUACCUAAAGUAAAAAGUUACAAUGAAGCACAUGGAAUAGAUGCUUUACAACGAAUGAAAGUAAACCCAGUUGCGAAUGAUAAUUUACUUUUCAGUGACUUCAUAUCAGUUGGUAUUCUUGAAAAGGCAGUCAGUUUGUAUUUAAACUCCAAAGAACCGACAGAAUUUCAGAAAAGACUUUUAGCGCUAAUGACAGGAUAUUUAAGCACGAUAGCAAAAGGUGAUCAAGGUAGUGGUAGAACUUUUGGCUUAAUAAUAGCAGCCUUGAAUUUAAAGAGAAAUAAACGUCGGGGGGAAGGAAUAAAUUCACUAAUAUUGGUUAAAUCGACGGAUAAUGUGAUACAAUACAGAAAGUUCAUAAAAGGAAUAAUAUCAAAGAUGGAUAUACCCUCUAAUGUUCAGGCAGACAUACCCACAGUUGCUCAGUUUCUUUAUCGAUCGACUGAUGAAGAAGAAUUAAAGCAACAGAUAACACUUGGAGAAUUCCCAACACCACACAUUCUUGUAUCAACCCCACAAAGACUAUUGGAUUUACUCUCCACGAGGGGAAUGGAUUUCGUAAAAAUUGCAAACUUGUCUGCUAUUUUCGUGGAUGAUUUUGAUUGUAUGGUUGAUCCUGAAACUUAUAUCGACACAAAAAGACAGCUUCCUAUAGUACAACUUCUCAGUUACGUCGUUAAGCUUCAAGAUUACAGGCGAUCUCAUAAUGAGCCACAUCCGCAAUUGGUCUUUACUGUUUCCAAUUUAUGCACAAAUCAACUUAAAUUCCAGAUCAGGGACGAAAUGCAAUGGUUUGACUGGGAUCGCUACGCUGAUAUCGGUUUAUAUAACGGUGUCACCGACUUGCCAUCCCGUAAAGGUAUAGCCACCAAUAUUGGGGUAAGCUGUGUCCUAGUUAAUCCAUAUAUUAGUGGCGAGUCAAAGAAUGGAUCGAAAUUCAAGGUUCAACUGUUUGAUAUGACGCCAUUUCAGUAUGGAAAUUUUCCUGAAUACUGGAAGAAUAAGAUUUUUAGGUGUCCUCACGGGAACGAUGGCUACUACAGAAAAGUUCGGAAUGUUAAAAAGUCUCGGAUGACGAGUGAAGUUAGAGAGAUGUCCACAAAAAUUUUGAUUCAUGGUUUUAAUAAACUUGUUAAGAAAGUAGAUGGUUUAAAGAACGAAAAAAUAUUGGUGGUGUUCCCAGAUGAUGUUUCGGAUAAAACUGUUCUUGCGUUACUCAACAAAUCUAAAAUAAGGGCCAAACUAUAUAAUCCAUCUGAGGAUUCCACAUUUUUUCUUGAAGCAGAUUCAAAUGAGCAGUCAAGCAUACUUCUUAUACAUAGUGGCUCAUUGACAAGUCUGACAUUCAAUGGUUUAAGGAACAUCGUUGUAUUAGGGUUGAACACAAUUAGAGACUGUAAUGAAUUUAUUACUUUAGCUGGAAGGCUGAGAUACAAUCCCUCAGGUUUAGUUCCAGCUGCAUUUUAUCCUCCGUUUGGGGAAACUUCAAAUGGUCCUGUGCAAUGCAGAAUUUAUAUAUUGCAUGAGCAGCCUGAUUUUGAGUUUGUGGAAAGGAAUUUCCUAGAAAGGGCAUUCAUAAGGUCAGGAUUGGUACAGCAAUUUUCUGCUGUUGGUGUCAGUGAAUCCGGUUUUGAUAGAAAGCAGUAUGAUGAAGAGUUCAAAAGUGAUUACGAAUUUCACAGCCAAAGCUAA